GUGCUCUUACCUUCUAAGUUUAAGGUUGUCUUGUCUUAUGUUUUACUCUUUACCAACGGAGCAGGAAAAAUCUCCAUCUCUCUCAAGUCUCAAAAGUCAACAAACUCAAAAAGUAAGAAUACGCACUGAACUUUCCAUUAUAUCCCCUCCUCAUCUGUGGCUUAUCCGAAUACAUCUCUCUGAAUUCUUGAUUAUGAAUCACUCGGGAUCCUCUCCCAUGGUUUCUUCCAUUUCUUCCUCGCCUCCGACUUGGAGAUACCGCGUCUUCACCAGCUUCCAUGGACCAGACGUUCGUAAAACGUUUCUCAGUCACUUACGCAAACAGUUUGCCUUCAAUGGGAUUUCGAUGUUUGACGAUCGAGUAAUCGACAGAGGCCAAACCAUUGCCCCUGAACUCACACAAGCAAUCAGGGAAUCGAGGAUCUCGAUCGUGGUGCUGUCCAAGAACUAUGCUUCUUCCAGCUGGUGUUUGGAUGAGCUGCUGGAGAUUCUGAAGUGCAAGGAAGAAACUGGGCAGAUAGUGAUGACGGUCUUCUACGGAGUAGAUCCAUCUCAUGUGCGGAAACAGACUGAAGAUUUUGGGAAAGUUUUCAAUGAAACUUGUGCUGGUAAUACGGAGGUGAAGAGACAAAAAUGGAGUCAGGCUUUGACCGAUGUGGGAAACAUAGCCGGCGAGCACUUCCUAAACUGGGUCAAUGAAGCAGAUAUGAUUGAGAAAAUUGCUACCGAUGUAUCGAACAAACUGAAUGCCACACCGUCUAAGGAUUUUGAUGGCAUGGUGGGACUUGAAACUCAUUUGAGAGAAAUAAAGUCCUUGCUUGAUUUAGAUAAUGAUGGAGUCAAGAUGGUUGCAAUCACUGGACCUGCAGGGAUUGGUAAGAGUACCAUUGCCCGAGCGUUGCAUAGUCUAUUGUCUAAUAGAUUUCAGCUUACCUGUUUUGUGGACAACCUUAGAGGCACCUAUUCUAUUGGUCUGGAUGAGUAUGGUUUGAAGUUUCGUUUGCAAGAAGAGCUGCUUUCAAAGACUUUGAACCAAAAUAGUUUGAGAAUAUGCCAUUUAGGUGUGAUAAAAGAAAGGCUACACGACCAGAAAGUGCUAAUCUUUCUUGAUGAUGUGAACAAUAUAAAACAAUUGGAGGCGUUGGCUGGAGAUAUUUCUUGGUUUGGUCCUGGAAGUAGGGUUGUAGUUACCACAGAAAACAAAGAGCUUCUGCAGCAACACGGUAUCAACAACACGUACCAUGUGGAGUUUCCAUCUAGAGGAGAAGCUGUUGAGAUCCUGUGUAGAUAUGCUUUUAGACAAAGCUAUCCACAUAAUGGUUUUGAUGAGCUUUCAUUAAAAAUAAGUGAGCUUUGUGGCAAGCUUCCAUUGGGUCUACGUGUGGUGGGUUCAUCUUUACGUGGGAAGAAAGUAGAUGAAUGGGAAGACGUGAUGAAUAGGCUAGAAACUAUUCUUGAUCAUCAAGAUAUCGAGCAAGUGGUAAGAGUCGGUUAUGAGAGUUUACAUGAGAAAGAACAAUCUCUAUUUCUCCACAUUGCAGUCUUCUUCAACCUUAAUGAUGCUGAUCUUGUGAAAGCCAUGUUCGCUGACAAUAACUCAGAUAUCAAAGACGGGUUAAAAAUCCUAGUCAAUAGAUCUCUCAUAGACAUUUCUACCAAAGGAGAAAUAGUGAUGCACAAGCUACUACAACAGGUGGGUACAAAGGUCGUUCACAAAGAAGAUUUUCUUGAACGUGCUAAAGGUACUAGAUAUGUGUCGGGCAUAUCAUUUGACAUAUCCGAUAUCGAUGAAGUAUUCAUAAGCCCGAACGCUUUUAAAAGGAUGCCUAAUCUGCGAUUCCUCAAAGUUUACAAAAGUAAAAAGGAUGGAAAUGAGAUAUUGCAUAUACCUGUGGAGACAGAGUUUCCGCGUCGUCUAAGGUUACUAGAUUGGAAGGCAUACCCAAGCAAGAUUCUUCCUCUCGGCUUUUGCCUGAAUAAUCUUGUGGAGCUCAAAAUGCAACACAGCCACCUCGAAAAGCUCUGGGAAGGAACUCAGCCACUUGCAAAUUUGAAGAAGAUGGAUUUGUCAAGGUCUUUGAGUUUAAGGGAACUCCCAGAUCUUUCAAAUGCGUUGAUGCUCGAGAAAUUGGAGCUGUGUGGUUGCGAGAGUUUGGUAGAGAUUCACUCCUCUAUUGGAAAUCUACGCAAAAUUGACGAACUAGAUAUGAGUGAUUGCACAAAUCUACAAGUUGUUCCGGAUCUCAACAAUUUGACACCUCUUGCUCAUGUUGGCAUGAAUGGAUGCUCACAGUUGACAAUCUUUCCAGAUAUUUCCACUGAAAUCAGAGCACUGGCAAUCGCAGACACAAUGAUGGAGGCGUUACCUAAAUCAGUUAGGCAUUGGUCUGGCCUCCGGAAUCUCACUAUAUACGGCGUUACAGCAAAUAUUGAGCAAAUACCAGACUGCAUCAAAGAUCUUCAUGAGCUAGAAUCACUCUGGGUAUUUAAAUGUUCAAAGCUUACAUCACUGCCAGAGCUCCCCUCCUCACUCGAAAGAGUAAUAGCAGAAUCCUGUGAAUCAUUGAAGACUGUACUUCCGGCUUUUGACUCUGAUUUAAUCCAGCAGUCAUUAUGGGCAUCCCUACCCGGAAGAAAAAUACCUGAAGAGUUUGAUCACCGAGCUAUAGGAAACUCCUUGACCGUCCGGUCAGAUUCCAGAAAAUUUAGGUUUUGCAUUGUGGUUUCCCCUAAACAACCUAUCAGAGAACAUUAUCCCGAGUUUUUCUGUCGCAUGCGUGUAAACAAGGGUUGCCCCACUGACCACGACAUUGAUAUGCAUCUCCAAUGUAUCCAAGCGGAACAUCUAUGUUUUUCUUUUACUGAUUUGGCUGACGCACAUGGAUGGCUUGAUCAGGAGAAUGAGAUAGUUUUUGAAUUCAUCGCAUGCCAGAAGCUCGACAUAAUUGAAUGUGGUGUCCAGAUCGUGACGGAGGAAAGCGAGAGAAGAAGAAGGAUUGAGUUUGAUGAAGCCAGCAAAGACUCUCAACGGUCAACUUACGGAUUGACUAAUCUGCGAGACAAAGAAGAAAACAAUGGUUAAGCCGAGAAACUAUUAGUGAUAAUAAUGAAGAGUAGUAGGUACAGAUGUAAGUUAAGUCUGUUAUGAUAUUAUAUAAUAUACUUUCUACUGUUCUACAUCUCAACAUAAUAGAUACAAUACAAUCUUUCUCCUUGUGUCUAGUUUUAAAUGGGGGUAUCGUAGCAACUUUUCUGAGACCUAGAUCAAACUUUUUUCAUCAUGGAUCGGUUAUAACUACGCCUUCGGCUGCGGUUACAUCACCAUAUACGUGUUGCACGCUUCAGACAAUCCAGGGAGUCUCAUCACAUCUAUUACACUUACCGGUGACAAUUACCAUAAGUGGUCAGCGAAGAUGCUGCUAUACUUCAGGCCUACAUUGUUGGGUUUUUUUUGCUAAGAUGCCAUCCUAUAAAUCAAUAGCUAAUGUAUUCAACUUCUUAUGGGGAAAAAGUGUCAAGCUUGAGAUCCACACCAAUACCAUCAAUCGUACAAUACUUGUCAGGAUACCAAACCAAUACACUGGCAAGGAACAAAGCGAAUUCUUCGAUAUUUGGCUAGGUCCUUAUCGCAUGGAGUCUUCAUCAGCAAGCAGUCUCCUAUUCACCUUCAAGCUUUCUCAGACGCUGAUUGGGCUGGAGACACCGAUGACUUCUUCUCCACAAAUGCGUACAUCGUAUAUCUUGGCUCUACUCCCAUCGCCUGGUUUUCGAAAAAACAGAGUGGUGUCUCGCGCUCAUCUAUGGAAGCCGAGUAUCGAUCAGUAGCUAAUACGGCAGCCGAACUUUGUUGGAUCUCUUCUCUUCUUAGCGAGCUUGGAGUCAUACUGCCGUCUAUGCCCACUGUUUACUGUGACAAUGUCGGUGCCACCUACCUAGUGUGAAUCCGGUUUUUCAUUCAAGAAUGAAGUACUUGGUGCUUGACUUUCAUUUCGUCCGCGACAACGUACAAUCAGGGGCACUUCGAGUCACUCAUUUCUCCACACGUGAUCAACUCGCAGAUGCUUUAACUAAAACAUUGGCAAGAUCACGAUUCAAUGAGCUUAUGUCCAAGAUUGGAGUGAUGAAACUCCCUCCAUCUUGAGGGGU